GGGUCCCCCGGAGCCGGCCUUCGGAGGCGCGGCGGGGGAGGAGGCCUGGGCCUGCGGGGCCGCGAGCGGCGUGGGGAAGCUGCCGGUGGGCGGGCGGGAGCACGAGGCCCCGGGCCGGGCGCGGGCGGAGGCGCGAACGGGGCGGGCGAGCCCGGCGCUCCCUCCCCAUGGCCGGGAGCGGGCCGCGGAGGCGGCGGCGGCGCUGACGGGCUCGGGGCGGGGCGGCCCGGGGUCCGGGGCCCUGGGGAAGAUGAGCGCCCUCCUAGAGCAGAAGGAGCAGCAGGAGAGGCUGCGGGAGGCGGCGGCCUUGGGGGACAUUCGGGAGGUGCAGAAACUGGUGGAGAGCGGGGUGGAUGUGAACUCGCAAAAUGAGGUCAACGGCUGGACCUGUUUACACUGGGCGUGUAAACGCAACCAUGGACAGGUGGUGUCCUACCUGCUCCAGUCAGGAGCUGACAGAGAGAUCCUUACAACAAAAGGAGAAGUGCCGGCACAGUUAACAUCAAGGAGAGAGAUCAGGAGGAUUAUGGGAGUGGAAGAAGCCGAUGAUGAUGACGAGAUCCCCCAGCUGAAGCAGGAGUCAGACCUGCCCUUUGUUCCCAACUACCUGGCCAACCCAGCCUUCCCAUUCAUCCUCACCCCUGCAGCGGAAGACUCCACCCAGUUGCAGAAUGGGGGCCCCUCCCCACCUCCAGUGUCACCUCCUGUGGAUGGCUCACCUCCAUUGCUUACCCCCACAGAGCCCCCUCUGCUAGGGGCCUUUCCUAGGGACCACAGCUCAUUGGCACUGGUCCAGAAUGGUGAUAUUUCUCCCCCCUCUGCCAUACUUAGAACACCAGAAAGCACAAAACCUGGCCCUGUUUGUCAGCCACCAGUGAGUCAGAACCGCUGCCUGUUCUCGGCCCCAUCCAAGCCCCCGGUGUCUCUGGAGCCUCAGAACGGGACGUAUGCAGGCCCAGCGCCAGCAUUCCAGCCAUUUUUCUUCACUGGAGCAUUUCCAUUUAAUAUGCAAGAGUUGGUACUCAAGGUGAGGAUUCAGAAUCCAUCUCUUCGUGAAAAUGACUUCAUUGAAAUUGAACUGGAUCGACAGGAACUCACCUACCAAGAACUGCUCAGAGUGAGCUGCUGUGAGCUGGGUGUUAAUCCAGACCAAGUGGAAAAGAUAAGAAAGUUACCCAACACUCUGUUAAGAAAGGACAAAGAUGUUGCCCGACUCCAGGACUUCCAGGAGCUGGAACUGGUUCUGAUGAUAAGUGAAAAUAAUUUUCUGUUUAGAAACGCUGCAUCCACACUGACUGAGAGGCCUUGCUACAACCGGAGAGCUUCAAAACUGACAUACUAAUGCAGCAGGGACUUUAUCACUGAGUACUGUGACAGUAUGUGUCACCUCUGGGCCAAAGGACAAGCCAUUGAUCCCAAAGCCUCGGAUGCCCACCAGGGCCCCUGGUGCCACUGCGUAGUGUUCACUAACACCCCGCCUCAGCAGGCAGGAGCCCCGACCCCCCAGCAGCGGUGCCACUCUUCCAAGCCUCUUGGUGCACAAUAAACUAUUGCUGAAUCUUUGAACAGCUGGAAAGUAGUCUUGAGAGGCAGAAGCCGAAGGUAUGAGAGCCAGUGUUUAAUGUGCAGAAUCUAGAGAGUUGUCGAAGCAGAAACUGAGAGCACAGACCUAUUUCUAGCCACUCCUGUUGACAGUGCGCCUGAAAGGCCGGGUGCGCCUCUCAUGGUGUUGCAUGCUUGUGACACUCAAGAAAUUUUGAACUGACGAUGGAGGAAGACUGGGGAAAGAAAGAAAGCACACACAGGUACUGGACAGAGGGAUUCUGGUCUGACCUGUGGUUGUGAGGUCUCAUAUAGCAUAUUUAUAAAUGUUACUCAGGUUUAAAGUAUUUAAAAUAUAGUUACCUAAUUGUAAAUAGGCUGUUAACCAAAAGAGCUUCCCCUCCCCCAGUUUUCUUUUAUGACCACUCAUGACUGCAGCUGUCUCCACAGUCAUCUUCGCAUCUGCUCCCCUCCACAGUCACUAGAGGGCUCUCUAAUGCUUUCUAAAGGAGCCACCACCCUGCUCCGUGGCCACUCCUGUCACCCUGUCUAAUUGCACCAUUCAAGAAGAGCACAGGCGCUUUUGGACAAGGCGCCCACCACUCUCACUCCCACCAGGAACGAAGAGCAGCUUUUGAGCCCGGACUUGUUGCUGGUUUAAAGGUUAUUGUGGGAAACUGAACUAAAGGAGUUAGCAUCUUUAUUUUUGUAUCAAAGAUAAAGGUUAUUUUGGAAAUUAUUAGGGUUUUUACAUAACUCUGAAAUCUGUUGCUUUUAUAAACAAAGUGUUCAAUCUUAGGAAUUCCCCGUUACCUCCACAGUCAGUUGUGAGGGUCUGAUUAGACUCUGGAGCGUGGUAUACGACUCUUCUCCAAGAGUGCAUUCAAGAGUCUUCCCCUCCUCAGCAUCACUAAAGAUGAAAAGCUGCCUCGGUUUGCUUAACUUUAGAUAGGGCCUGGCCCACACCGAGGAGCAGGAGAGCAGGGCUGGAGCAGCUGUUGACGGGACCCCUGCUGUCUUAAGCUUUUCCCCAUAGUGCCUAUAGUUUCCAAAGAAACUUAACUUCCUGGGUAUUAACUUAAUUUUAUUAGAACACUGCAGUUGACUGAGACAUGCAGAUGCACUGGAAGAGAACCUUGUGCUGAGGUAAUGGCCUCCCACUGCCGCCUGAGUGCUGAAAUGAGCUGGAGGUGUUCUUCAAAGCCAGUGUCAUGGGGUCACUGUGAGGUGACUGCAUGGUACCUGCCCCUGGCACAGCUGGUGACUUCCCUGGUAGAGUGUUUGCAUAGCCAAGUGGCUGUGGCUCAUCACCCCCUUUCCCAAGUGCUUUAAUGAAGAAACCUCCCUUGUGUUUCAACCAAUCAGAAACUACUUUAUCUAAAUGUACUAACCUUUUUCCCCCUAAUUUGCUUUGAAAAAGUUUAGUAAUUCAAUUAAGUGUGAUUCCAUCUUAGAAGAAAUAAACUCAGUAUUAAUUCAUGUCUAAAUUUCUGGGGUUCAGACUCCUUCAGCCACCCUAGUUGAUUAGAGAUUCUGAGAAGCAGUGGGGUCUGGCUGGGAGGGGCUACAGAGGAGCGAGCUUCAGAGUAACCGAAGGUGGUGGUGUCCCACAUGGCUCUGCCCAGUGUCCUGUCCUUUGCCACAGUCCUCUGGGGUCAGCGUCGUGGGCAGUGGGACGGAACUGCAUGGUUGCUCUUAGGUGAGUUCCCAGUCUUAAUCUAUGCAUUCAGAGAAAUAUUUUUAUAUGCGUUGUGUAAUUUAUAACAAGGGGUUUUCUUUUAGGCUUUGUUAGCUGAAUGCUCCUCUCCCCCUCCACUACAUAGUUAAAGCAUGUGUUCACACUGUGUAAACAUUCACACAAGACUUUUCCUCGUGUGUUGUUGACUCUUUAAACGUAACAGGUAUUAUUAAAAUUAACUGUUAACUGA